CCUACUUGUAAGAAGAAGAAAAUGAUUAGUUCCAUUUUCUCAGCGUCCUGGAGACUUCUGAGUGUGUUUAGCUGUGCCAUGACUGAAAGUAAAGCUCUAAUUUGUAUCGUUUUGGAUGUAGAACAUGAGAAUGUUUAUACAGUUCUUCACAUACAUUGGGAGAACAGCCAUUAUUCUGUGGUAGAUCAGGUAGGGCUAACAAAGAUUCUUGCCCAAAAUGCUGGAGAGCUGCUGCCAUCAGAUCAAGGGGCCCCAGGGACCAAAUGUGGCCAUCUCCAUCUGGGUCUUGGUGUAAGCUCAAGCCACAAUUUUCACUGGCAUUAUUUAGUGCCCGUGUGCUUACCUGACUGGAAUGUGUCCUUGGAUUCUGAUAAUGAUCUUUGCUUGGCUGGAUGGAAGAGAGAGAGAAAGAAAGGUAGGUAUGUCUGUAGAAACUAGCCUAUUGUACAAAGGUAAAAGUUUGGCCUCUGGCCCCACCCCCCCACUGGCCUGUGGCUCCUGGAAGAUAGCCCAUAAGGAAAGUAGUCCCAGGGCUGGAUUAACUAACAUUACCCAUGUUAGUUGCUACCACAAUGCUAACAUGGAUAAUGUCCCCCACCAUGAUCAAACUUUAUAUUAGAUUUUUAUGAACAUUAUUGCCACCAUUGUUUUAACAUACUGUGCGUAUGUUAUGUGGGACAGUUACUGCCUGUUUUCAGACAUGUGUUUGUGCGCUGAGGCUGUGAAUAUAAUGGCAGCAGUCCCUAAGCUGCCUGCUCAGAGGCUGGGAUUGAAUUGCUUUGUAACAGCGCGUCCUUUCUCUGCUUGGUAGAAGUAGCAGAAGUUUCAUGGAAUGAGAAGUGCGCUAUAAAGGGAUGGUCUAAAACACUGCUUCCCAGAAGCAGUGGUUCACAGACCAUGAGCCACCAGCUGCUGGUCCACAGUGACUCCAUCACAACGCAGUUGGGUGGGACACUUCAAGGACAAAAUCUGGCACAUUGACUGGUGGGGAGUGCCACUCUGCCACAUCAGGGAGUUUGAGAUGCACAGGUGUAAAAGUCCCUGUUGUUAAAAGGAGGAGGAAGCCUUUCAGGCCCAGACUGCCAGAUCUGUGUUCUCACCCUACAGGUCAACUUUUCCCAUUGUACGGAGCUACCCACCUGUCAGUAAUGUGGCAUAAUGAUGAUAGGCAACCGAGAUGGUUACUCCCAACCACUGAGUGAGGGGAGGGAUCUGCUUCACCUAGUGAUGGCUGAUUGACAGGUGGUUGUAGUUGUUUUUUUUGGGGGGGGGAAACGGGCUUCUGGGCCAACAUUUGCCUGCAGAGUGCGGACUGGAGAUUCUCCAUCCCUGAUAGAGUUCAUCUCACUUGUAGGAUGCACAAACACAGGUCAACUUAGGUUAUAGACCUGUGUGUGUUGCAUGUACAGGCAGUGCCAUUGGCCCAAGCCAUAAAAUAGGCAGAAUGGAGGGGAAAUGGAGUCCCUGUCAAAUCUGAUCCAGGGUGGGAAGUAAGGGAUUCCUUCUAAAAUGGGUAACCUUUUGUUCCUGAUAAGUGAUGGUGACAGUUCUCACACUUGGUUGUAGAUUUCUCUGAGCAAGUUGUAGACUUCUCUUUGAGCCCAGGCCUGUAUACGUGGUGGCUUUUUCCUUAAAGCUACCCUGUGAGGUUGGAGCAAGAGUUGACAUGCCCAUGGCCGCUGGGUGAAUAUCAGGACUAGGAAUUUGAACCCAGGUUUUGCUAGACCACGUGUGGCAUUAUAGUACAUGGGUGUAGAAUUCAGAAUCGCUCUUGACACAGUUGCACACAGACCUCCAUUUCCUUCCACCAAAUUACAGCAAAGUCAUCAGCACUGGGUAGCCUCCAUGCUGAAGAUAUUUCUGCACCAAAAAAAGGUAUUUCUGCACUAAGAAUAUAUGUACUGUUCUAGUCCUGCCCCCGUGCUGCUACCAGACUUACUUGGAUGGCCACCUUUCUGGUUUCCAAGACCAGCUGCCAUUGGCUGCAUGAUUUUAAGAAUGCCUUUGCAAGGGAAACUUUUUUUAAAAAAACCUUUUUUUUUAAGAUUAAGCCCAGCUGCUGGGGGACCUGUGUUCAUGCCCAGUAACAUAUUCUGUGUUUUCGGGCAAGCAUUACAUACAACUAGCCUUGUAUUCGGCCAAAGUGUGCAUUAUGUCCUAAAGUAAUAUUUCUGGGUCAGCGACUGCUUCUAUCCUUAAUCACUCAUUCACUGGUUCAUUGCAAAUGUACGCAAGAGAAAACCCAUGAAUUGGCUCAGCAACUCCAGACUGCUAUGCUGCCUGUGUGUCAUUUAUGACCUAAAUCAACCCCACCCCACCCCCAUUUUUAUUGCAGGAGUGUAGGAAGUUGUUUUGUACGGAGUCAGACCAUUGGUUCAGCUCAGUAUUGUCUGUACCUGCGAUGGGGUAUCUGUAGCCAUCCAGAUGAACUACCAAGACAUGUUGGCUGUGCUGCUUGGGGUUUUUAGAGUUAGUGCAGCACCCAGAGGGCCACAGGUUCAUAAUCUCUGCAGUCUACUGCAGCUUGCCAGGGUUUUUGAGGCGGGGUGUGUGUGUGCUUUCUGAGCUGCAGCAAAGAGCCAUUGCUCAGUGAUAAAGCAUCUGCUUUGCAUGCAGAAGUUUCUCUGGUUCAAUCCCAGGUUUCUCCAAGUAAGGCUGAGAGAAGACUUCUAGAAACCCUAGAGAGCCGCAACCAUUCAGUGUAAAUGGUUCUGAGCGAGAUUGACAAAUUGCCUCCCUUGGUAUAAAGCAGCUUCCUGGAGAUGACUGGACCUGCUGCAGGAGCCCUUUCCCAGAUUCCAAGGAAACUGACUUACUGUCCCUUCUCCUUUUCUACAAAAAAAGUGAAUUGAUUUGUCUGUCCGGACUUAAGAACACAAAAGGAAUUCAUGUCCCCCUGCAAAGCCAGAAAUGGGAUCCUCUUCAGGCAUGCCCAAACUUCGGCCCUCCAGAUAUUUUGGAUUACAUUUCCCAUCAUCCCUGACCACUGGUCCUGUUAGCUAGGGAUCAUGGGAGUUGUAGGCCAAAACAUCUGGAGGGCCACAAUUUGGGGAUGCCUGCUCUAUGCGAUGCCCCUUCUGGCAUUUGAGGGGGUCAUUAGACCCACAAAGUCACCUUGGUGCUGAGCCUCUCAAGCUGUUACCACGGGGGCUGCAGGCAGUGUGCUAGCCCAUUCAAACAUGGAUUAUUACUAUUUAGUUUAUUACAGUACUUGCACUUCACUUAAGAUCCCAGGGUGGGUUACAAACAUUUACAAUACAACCUUAAAAACAGCUUUAAAAUUGUGCAAUUACAAAACAUGCAGUCACAAAAAGGUAGGCUUACAUCUUGGGUGGCAAAGACCAGGGUUAAGAGGCUUGCUUUCAGCAUUGGCUGAAAGCUGUUGUGAUGUUGCUAGAUGCAUCUCUGUAGGGAGGGAGUUGCACAAUUUAGGGGCUGCCACAGAGAAGGCCCUGUCUGGAGCCAUACAGCCUGAGCUUCUGAGGAUGGUGGAACUAGCCCCCCACCCUGAUGAUCUUAACACCUGAAAUAGUCCAUAGGGAAGGAGGUAGUCUUUCAGGUAAAGGUAAAGGGACCCCUGACCAUUAGGUCCAGUCGUGACCGACUCUGGGGUUGCGCGCUCAUCUCGCUUUAUUGGCCGAGGGAGCCGGCGUAUAGCUUCCAGGUCAUGUGGCCAGCAUGACAAACCCACUUCUGGCAAACCAGAGCAGCACAUGGAAAUGCCGUUUACCUUCCCGCUGUAGCGGUUCCUAUUUAUCUACUUGCAUUUUGACGUGCUUUUGAACUGCUAGGUUGGCAGGAGCUGGGACUGAGCAACAGGAGCUCACCCUGUCACAGGGAUUCGAACCGCCGACCUUCUGAUCAGCAAGCCCUAGGCUCAGUGGUUUAACCCACAGCGCCACCUGGGUCUCAGUCUUUCAGGUAGUUGAGGCUUAAGACUUUUACAGCUUCAAACACUAACCUGAGCACCUUGAAUUACACCUGGAAAUGAACUGGCAAGCAAUGCAGCUGUUUUAAAUGGGUUACAGUAUUUUCAAACUUUCCUUGGACUGCCUUUUGAACCACUUGAAGUUUUCACAUCAUUUGCAAGGCCAGCCCCACUGAGAGCACAUUGUAAUAAUCCAUUCCAAUCCUCCCAGUUGCCACCAGCUAUUGUGCCAGUAGAGUUGUAGAACUCAGAAAGACGUAGGGGGGUUAAAGAGUUGUCAGCUAGGCUACAAAGACACGAGUAAUCCUUGACAGACAUCUCCAAGUAGGGGUGGAAAUAACUAUCUUCACCCCUCUUUAGAAAUCCCAAAGUGUGGCCUGCAAAUUCUCACCACUUGGCCAGACAACUAUGUUUACCUGCAGACUGUCCAAAAAAGGGACUUGUAUUCUUCAAGAUAAUCUGGUUUACUACAACUCCCAUCAGCUGCAGGAAUAUACUGCUGGGACUGAUGGGAGCUGUAGUCCAAAAAGCAGCCAUUUAUGUUGAUAGGAUUUGUACUUCAAGCACCACCUUGUGGGCAGCUGUCAAAAUACAUUACUUAGGGCUCUUCUGAUACCAUUUAUCUUACAAAUGUUAGCUGGAAGUACUUGGUCUGGUGCAACAAGUUGUUUCAUUUGCUGCUUCAAAUGGGAGUUGUGAAUAAAAAAACCCUUGGCAUUAAAUCAAAAAUACCAAACUUGAUCCCUGGAGAAGAGCCUUGUCUUGGUAGCGCCUCUACUUUGCAAGAAGAAGGUCCCUGGUUUAACCCAUGGCAUCUCCAGAGAGGGCUGUGAAGGACCUCUGCCGGAUAUCCUGGAGAACAACUCGCUGAGGAUAGCACACAGUUUGGACCAAUGGUCUGACUGCAAUGGUCUCAUCAAUAACAUCUGAAGGCAGCCCUGUUUAGGGAAGCUUUUAAUGUUUAAUCAAUUAUUUUAUUUUAUUUUUCUGUUGGAAGCUGCCCAGAGUGGCCGGGGAAACCCAGCCAGAUGGGCGGGGUAUAAAUAAUAAUAAAUUAUUAUUAUUAUUAUUAUUAUUAUUAUUAUUAUUAUUAUUAUUAUUAUUAUUUAUUCAGUGGUAGAGGCACCUGCAUUGCGGGCAAGUCUCCUGUCCAGUCCCUGGCAUUUCCAACUAAAUGCUGGUCUAAAACAAACAAGAGCUGUUCCCUGGAAAGCUGGUCUGAUAUAGACCAGCAAGUCUCCAUUUUUAAACUUUCCUUGGACUGCUUGAAGAUUGGUGUGCCUCCAGCAGAUCCCUGAGCAAACUAUUUUGCUUUGCACAGGAAAGCACUUAAUAUAUUUCAAUAACUAAGUUCCCAAUUUAAUGGAUGUGUCUGUUUUUGAAAGUUGUGCAAUAUUGGAUGUAGUGACGUUUGAUGCUUAUGUUGGUUCUCACUAUCGGACUUGAUGAAUUUUCUGUUUCAAAGGUCCUCCCCUCCCACCCAUAAUUCCAAUUUUGAGUGUUGACCAGGAUCAUGUACAGAUAAUUGGUACCCGUUUUGUAAAUUCAUGUACUUUUCGAGUGACAGCAGUGGAAACGAACGGAGGUCCCUCCAUCACUUACACUACAAUAGAGGUGGGGGGGACCCUUUUCCAGCCCCAAAUCCACAUUCCCUUGUGGUGGGAGCCACAUGGCAGUGGUGGUGGGGGGGGGGGCUGGAGCUAAAAGUGGGGGCAGCUCUUAUCCUUCAUGCUACAUCCCCAUCUCUUGAAAAUGCAUGCAUACAAGCAAGGGUUUCCUUACAUUUCAGUGGCAUAGUGCAGCCAGGCAAAGCCAUGAGGGAUGUGGCCUAUACCUUCCAGGAAACAGAUAAAGGGGCCUGGAGGAACACAUCUGACCCUGGGCUUGAUGUUUCUAGGCCCUGAGACAGCCGUAAACUAUGACAGUUUUGUUUUCCCCCCACCUCAGUUACAUCAUGUGCUGCAGCUGCUGCCCACUCGAUGUCCAGCUCUGAUUCUGUGAGUCGAUACUCCACCCACCUUUGCCACUGGCCUCGCCCACCACUGACGUGCCCCUAAGAAGGGUCUAGGUUGAGAAAGUUUCCCCACCGCUUGCCUAAGAUCUCCUUCUCCCUAGGCGACAAGAGGCCGUGUCAGGGCUAACAGAACAUUCCCCACAUGGCUCAUUGGCUUCAGGCGUCACCAGGGGCAACAGGACAACACGGAGCCUCAGCAAGGCUUUGCAGUUUUCUCCUAGUAGGUGAGCAUCCCCACUGAGCCUGGGGACUUUCCUGGCUGGGGGAAUCCUCUUUGUGGAGUUCUAUUAGACCUGUGAUUGGCCUGAAGAGCUCCUGGCACCAUGUCUUACCCUGGUAUCCUCCUGACCAAGGAGCCGGCUCCCCAGACCAUCCCCGUCUCCGAGCUGCCCAUGAAGGUCUACGAGGUAGCGCUGAACACUGGCCCCGAUUCCUCCAGUGGCUUGGCUACCGCUGGCUUCCGCACGGCCAAGUACCUGCCCGAGGAAUGGAACCAGCACAACUAUGCCCGGUACCAUGAGGCCUUUGCCGACCGCGACCACUCCGAGCGAGUCCGCAUCGAGUCCCAGAAUGUGGCCGCCUUCACGGCGGAGCUGGCUCAGCGCACCCAGGAGGACUCCACCAUUAAGGUAGGCGAACGCCUCCAGGACAUCCACUUCUGGAAGUCGGAGCUCCAGAGGGAGAUUGAGGACCUCACGGAGGAGACGAACCUGCUGGCAGCUCAGAAGCUGCGCCUGGAGAGGGCCAUCGACGCUACUGAGAUCCCGUACAGCAUUGCCAUGGACAACCUGCAGUGCCGCGAGCGCCGGCUGCCUCCCGAUCUGGUGAAGGACCAGGUGGAGGCGGAGUUGCUCAAGGAAGCUGAGCUCAUCAGAAACAUCCAAGAGCUACUCAAACGAACUGUGAAGCAAGCUAUUAAUCAGAUACAAUUAAAUCGAGAUCACAAGGAGAUCUGUGAAAUGGACUGGUCUGACAAAGUUGAAACUUACAACAUUGACGAGAAAUGUGGGAGGUACAAUAACCAGAGCACGAACAUCCAGUUCCAUCCAAACACAUCGAGGUUCGAGGACAGCGCUUCCACGCCCGAGACGUGGGCCAAGCACAGCCACGACAACAUCUACCGGGCCGAGCGAGAGAAGCUGGCGUCCAUCAAUCUCCGCGCCCUGAUCGACAACAUCCUCCGUGACACAGCUGAGGACCUCCGCAUGCAGUGCAACCGGGUGAAUGAAGCCUUCGCCAAGCAGUUGGAGGUGCUGGAAGAUGCCAAGCACAAGCUGGAGCACCACCUGAAGAAAACUCUUAAGGAAAUUGGAGAUCAAGAGCACAACAUUGAAGCUCUCAAGCAAGCUAUUAAAGACAAGGAAACUCCACUCAAGGUAGCUCAAACGAGGCUCUAUGACCGUUCAUUCAGGCCCAAUGUGGAUCUCUGCAGAGACGCUGCCCAGUUUAGGCUGGUCAGUGAAAUCGAAGAACUGACAGCGUCCAUUGAGGCUCUCAAGAAGAAGCUACUGGAGUCAGAGCAGGCGCUGCGCAACCUCGACGACUCUCGGAUGCAUCUUGAGAAGGAGAUUGCCGUGAAGGCCAACAGCAUCUUUAUUGACAGGCAGAAAUGCAUGGCGCAUCGAUCGCGAUACCCGACCAUCCUUAGACUAGCAGGAUAUCAGUAGCCACUGCUCCCUCCGGUAGAGGAGAGCGACCCACUUGCCUCGACUGACGAGAAAUUCAGUUGCAUAGGAAUGUGAGCUUCUCUUCCCUCCCCCAGUUUUUGGUUUGUGUUGAAAUAAAAUGCAGACAUGUUGCCAGGAGUUGUGGACUGUUGUCUGCUGGAGACUGGAGCCUUUUAUCUGGGAGACUUGGUGGUUUAUAAACCCCGACGUGGGGAGGGGUGGUAGUGUCCUCAAAACAUGGUGUUGUGGCGAAGAGUGCAAGCUGCUACGUCCUUAAGGAAAUGGUAGAGCAUCUGUUUGCAUGCAGCAGGUCGAAGGUUUGUUCUCUGGCACUUCCACGCAGGAGAAGCUGCCUGCCUGAGACCCUGAGGAGCUGCUGUCAAUCAGUGUGGGCAGUAGGGUGAUGACUUUUUUACAACCUCAUUUCCCUGUAUCAUAAUUUGAUGAGCUCUCAUUAAAGAUUAGAUAAAAUCUUUCAAAGAGAUUUGAUAAAAAAAACCUCGCUCACAAAAUGAUUUAAAAAAAUUUAUCAGUUUUUUUGACCAUUUUUGAAGUCACUGUAAGCAGAUAUAAAAUUGAACCCAAGCUUUAGAGUCACAUAUAUACAACAGUAUAUAGGGUCAUCAAACACACAAGGAAGCUUUUUUUAGCUGCAGUAACAGUAUAGAUGCCGCUAGAGGACGAUGUUUUGCUACCUCUCCUGUAGGUUCUUUUCCCAGCAUGCCCGGCAGGGUCUGCUGGCUGAGUUUUGAGGUCCCAAAAAGGGCCUUUUACCUUGCGCAGGUGUGACAUUUGUAUACCCUAUGUUGCUAAGAACACUCCCCAUUGUGGAAUGUGGUGUUGUGUCCAAAUUCGAUACGAAAUAUAUAUAGAAUUGCUAAUACAAUUUUAUGAAAUGGUAAAACGGCAUACAAAAAAAUUAAAAACGGUUUGUGCGUAACCCUUUUUAAUAUUUCAAUGGAAUAUACCUCGUUUGAGUCAUUAAUAGGCAAAAGUUCAUUCAUUUGUGCUACAGGAAAUAAUUUUUGAGAAAAAAAUAUGAAAAAGUCAUCACCCUAGUGUGGACAGUGCUGAGCCAGAUGGACCAAGAAGUCUGACUUGUCACAAGGCAGCUUCCUAUUACUGGUACUGUAUGUUCUGGUGUUCCCAUCUCACCUUGGUCACAAACUGACCCGGUCGCCAUAAAAUCAGUGAGUGCUGGUCCUCCUUUCUGUGGAGGAAGCACAAAGGAACCUGAAGCAGUUGGAGCAGCGAAGACCUAGGUGAGUUGAUGAAUGCCUUUGAGAGGGCCCUGGCUGACCUAUUUUGGGAGCAAUUGACUCAUCUGUUCCUGGCCUGGAGAAAGGGCGAGCUCAGGAAUAGGGCUGGGUGGUACCUGUGGUUUUCAACAUUGCGAUAUAUCACCAGCUAAACAUCACGAUAUAACGAUGUGAUGUCUGAAAUAAGGAUGGAGUUAUGUAGAGGCAUUGGCUGGUUUUCACCACAUUGUGAUUUUUGCAUAGCACACACCACAAUUCGCAAUAUAUUGCCAGGUCAAAAAUUACGAAACCAAUACCAUGAGAUGGACUUGAAACUGGUUUGGGAUAAUAUACCGCCCAGCCCUAACACGCAUCAUGAUAUUGCCAGGUCAAAACCUGAUACCGGUAUCACAAUAUGGACUUCAAGCUGGUUUUGGACGAUCAGAGCCGUAGAAAGGGGUGUGUGGGUGUGGUCUGCCCUAGGUGUCAUGACUGGGGGGGGGUCACAAAAUGGCAGGCGAGUGGGCGGCACACCUCAUGCCUGGAGGCAGCAGCUCUUCUGACCCAGUGGCAGACAGCAGCCCUCCUCAGCCGUGGCGAGGGGCUCCUGGCAGCAGCAGCUCCGUUGCUGGGUCAUGUCAGACCCGGCUGUGGAGACCAGGAGGAGAGUGAGCAGUAGCUUCCCCGCCCCUCUCCUACCCUGAACUGUGGCGUGUAGGAGGGCACCCUUUGCGCCCCACCCCCCUCAGGAGCACACCUGCCCUGGGCAGCAUGGGCAUACGCUCCGCCACUGUGGACGAUAUGUUGAUAUAUCACCCAGCCCUACUCAGGAAAAGCCGCUGGUUCUAAUGAGGCCAAAGAUCCCCUGCCCUGUUCUUCAGAGCUGUAUUGUUUUCAGGUCAGUUCUGUGUCUAGGGCAGCUGUCUAUCAGCUCCAUCUGGUACGCAGGCUGAGACCCUACCUGCCUGCAGACUGUCUCGCCAGAGUGGUGCAUGCUCUAGUUAUCUCCCGCUUGGACUACUGCAAUGCGCUCUACGUGGGGCUACCUUUGAAGGUGACUCGGAAACUAAAACUAAUCCAGAAUGCGGCAGCUAGACUGGUGACAGGGAGCGGCCGCCGAGACCACAUAACACCGGUCUUGAAAGAUCUACAUUGGCUCCCAGUACGUUUCCGAGCACAAUUCAAAGUGUUGGUGCUGACCUUUAAAACCCUAAAUGGCCUCGGUCCAGUAUACCUGAAGGAGCAUCUCCACCUCCAUCAUUCUGCCCGGACACUGAGGUCCAGCACCAAGGGCCUUCUGGUGGUUCCCUCGUUGCGAGAAGCCAAGUUGCAGGGAACUAGGCAGAGGGCCUUCUCGGUGGUGGCGCCUGCCCUGUGGAAUGCCCUCCCAACAGAUGUCAAAGAGGAAAACAACUACCAGACUUUUAGAAGACAUCUGAAGGCAGCCCUGUUCAGGGAGGCUUUUAAUGUUUGAUAGAUUAUUGUGUUUUGUUUUUCUGUUGGAAGCCGCCCAGAGUGACUGGGGAAGCCCAGCCAGAUGGGCGGGGUAUAAAUAAUAAAUUAUAAUUAGUAUAAAUAAUAAAUUAAAUAAUGAAUUAUGGUGCUGGAGGAGACUCUUGAGAGUCCCAUGGACUGCAAGAAGAUCAAACCUAUCCAUUCUUAAGGAAAUCAGCCCUGAGUGCUCCCUGGAAGGACAGAUCGUGAAGCUGAGGCUCCAAUACUUUGGCCACCUCAUGAGAAGAGAAGAAUCCUUGGAAAAGACCCUGAUGUUGGGAAAGAUUGAGGGCACUAGGAGAAGGGGGCGACAGAGGACAAGAUGGUUGGACAGUGUUCUCGAAGCUAC